GACCGACAGCUCCAGUUUUAAAUGUCUCCCACAUCUUCCAUAAGCGUAAGCGAAAGAGGAGUAAUCACUCUCAUCUCCCUUGGCCCGUCUGGAGGACAGCCUGCGGCGGGGUCACUCCUUCCAAAUAGGUAACCAUGGAUCGAACCUACUAUAUGAAUAAGUUUGGACAACCCGCUGUUUCUUCCCUCCGGCCCAUUACCAAUUUACCAAACAAGUCUGACCAAAAUGGGUGAUCCUUCUGAAUCUCAACAAAAGCCAGAGCGUGUUCUGAAGCGUCAUUUGUACGAGUAUGCCGAACGGAAGAGAACCGAUGGACCCUACGCAGAUGAUCUUGACGUCGAUGUGUUGAUCGUGGGAGCUGGCUUUGGCGGGACUUACUUGCUGUAUGAGAUGCGCAAGGCAGGUUUCAAGACAGUUCUAUACGAGGCGGGUACCAGUUUUGGGGGAACAUGGAGAUGGAAUGUCUAUCCAGGGGCUCGUGUUGAUUCUGAAGUACCCAUCUAUCAACUAGCCAUCCCAGAAGUCUACAACACCUGGAACUGGACCACCAACUAUCCAGACUGGCAUGAACUCCAGGCCUAUUUCGACCAUCUUGACAAGGUGUGUGAGCUCAGUAAAGAUUGUGCAUUUGGCACCGUCGUUACCAACGCCGACUUCGACACCCAACAAGGAAAAUGGAAAAUCAAGACCGCCGAUGGACGCAAUGCCAAAGCACGAUUCCUCAUUAUCGCUGCAGGAUUCGCUGCAAAGCGGUAUAUUCCUGACUAUACGGGCAUGGAUAAGUUCCAAGGCAUCAUCCAUCACUCAUCCUUCUGGCCCAUUGAAGGCGUUGAUGCUCGAGGUAAGAAGGUCGCCGUUGUUGGCACAGGCGCUUCGGGUGUGCAGAUCAUUCAAGAAUGGGGACCCCAGGUUGAACACAUGACUGUCUUCCAAAGGACUCCCAACCUCGCAUUGCCUAUGGGCCGACGUGACUUGACAGUGGAGGAGCAAGAGAAACUGAAACCAGCGUAUCCGGAACUAUUCCGAUUACGCGAACACAACUUUUCAGGGUUCACCUACGAUUUCGAAGAACGCUGCACCUUUGAAGAUUCCCCCCAAGAGCGCGAGGCCCUGUACGAAGCUCUAUGGGCACGUGCGGGUUUUCGACUGUGGCUCGGAAGUCAUAAAGACUAUCUGUUUGACAUGAAAGCCAACCGCUGUGUCUAUGAUUUCUGGCAGCGAAAGCAAGCUCCACGAGUGACUAACCCGGAAAAGCGUAAGCUCCUGAUACCGGAGGAGCCGCCCCAUCCGUUUGGUGUCAAGAGACCUUGCCUGGAACAAAAUUACUAUGAAGUCCUUGACCAAGAUAACGUGACCAUCGUGGACAUUUCGGAGAAAGGAGGCAAUGCAAUCCAGGAAUUUACAGAGAAAGGAAUCCGGACCAAGGACGGUAAAGAGUAUGAGUUUGAUAUUAUUGCUCUAGCCACUGGGUUUGAUAUUACGACCGGUAGCAUGACGAAUAUGGGUCUCAACUCCAUCAACGGAACCAGUCUCGAGUCGGAGUGGAAAGCUGCAGCAAACACAUACCUAGGCACGACCAUCUCAGGGUACCCGAACAUGUUCCACCUGUACGGGCCUCACGGGCCGACCUUGCUGUCCAACGGCCCUACCAGCGUCGAGGUACAAGGACGAUGGAUCCGCGAUGCCAUCAAGCUGAUCGACCGCGAGGGUUACAAGUACGUCAACCCGACCAAGGAAGCCAGCGACAAGUGGAAAGCCCAUAUCAACGAACUCAGCGAUAUAACCUUGUUGCCCACCACCCGUAGCACCUACAUGGGUGGCAGCGUGCCAGGUAAGGCCUUCGAGCAGGUCAAUUAUGCCGGUGGGAUGCCCGCAUAUGUCAAGGAAAUCAGGGCCGUCUUGCCCGCCUUUACAGGGUUUGAGGUGGUGAAGGGGGCUGCUUAGAAGUUGUGAAUCAAUGGUUCCGUG